CCGGUCUCCUCCAUCAAAGCUCCGCCAGAACAAGACGCCGUUGAAAGGAGGACCAGCGACCCCGAUGUCUGCUCGGCCCGUCACCUGCGAAGAUGCAGACGAGCGACGCGGCGGAGCUGCACGUCAGCCUGAAGGUGAACGUUAAGGGGAACUGCAAACACCUCCUCCUGACGGGACCCGAGGCCCGGAGCUGGGAGCUGAUGGAGGCCACGGUGAAGCGCUCCUCUGGUCUGAACAACCUGCAGGUGACAUAUUUUGAUGAGGACAACGAGGAGGUUUCCAUCAGCUGUCAAGGGGAGUACGAAGAGGCGCUGAAGAGCGCCUCCAGGCAGGGCAGCCGGCUGCACAUGAACGUCUGUGAGACUCGGGGUCAUUCCACGCGGGCCCUCACCGGCAAAACCAGCGGAGCGGAGCCCAAAAGGGGGUUCAGGCCCCCGCAGCACUUCCCUACCUUAGCGCAGGUGGUGAGCCGUAAGGUCCAGGCCGCCGUACCGGACCAGACCAUGGUCAUAAUGAAAGAAAUUAAAGGAACAAAAGAAGAAAAUCCGCCGGCAUGGUUCACUUCAUACAUGGAAAAGUUUAAGGAUCAAGUUGUUCGUGAAGCAGUGGAGAAGAUCUGCCGGGAGUUUUCAGGGCAAUGCUGCAUUCACAAGCCCCUGGGAGGAGGAGGAGCAGAAGCGGGGAGAGAAGGGGGGGGUAGAGGGGAAACCCUAAGAGGGCCGGAGACCCAGCAGGUUCCUGAGGUUUCCUCCUUCACUCUGCCCGGGGCUUCAGUUUCUUCCACCCCUCCCUGUUCGUCCUGCAGGGGGCAGACCAGUGGGGGAGGCUUCCAGUGCAGCGUGUGCACGUCCUGCACGCUGUGUGAGCCGUGCAGCUUCGCUCACGAUCCCAGUCACAACCUGGUGCGAGCGAGGACGCCGCUGUCCAUUCCAGAGCGAGGGUCCCCCGCGCCGGACCACAGCAGGUUCUACAGACGAGGAGAUCGGAGUUUCCGGAAGGCGGAGAAGCAGCGGUUGAAGGCCGAGAAGCGCUUGCUGAAGGCAGAGGUCAAGGAGAUCCGGAAACAGCUGAGGAUGGAGAGGCGUGGCAUCCAGUGGAACUCCUCCCAGAGAGAUGGAAGCUCCUCCCCUGUUCUCCUGCAGCCUCAGGCCACUCAGCACAACAGCCCAGAGCGCCCCAAAUGCCCUUGUCCCGUGGUGGUUCCCGCCAUGACCGCGGCUUUUCUGGACGAGAACCUUCCGGAUGGAACUCGACUGCGUCCUGCGACCAAGUUUAUCAAGUACUGGAAGAUGAGGAACACAGGAAGUGUGGGCUGGAACAGUGACACGAAGUUGAAGUUCAUGUGGGGAAACCUUGCAGUGGGAUCUGGUGACCGAUGGAGAGAAGUGCCUGUUCCCCACCUGCAGCCCGGACAGGUGGGCAUCAUCAGCGUGGCUCUGUGCGCCCCCGCCGUCGGGGGCUCUUAUACCUCACACUGGCGCCUGGCUCAUGCUGGGGAGCAGUUUGGACCCAGAGUUUGGUGCAGCAUUGUGGUGGACCCUCUGGCCCCGGCUCCCGUGUUGGCGGAUGGGUUACUCGUUUCCCCGUGUGUCACGCCGCAGGGGAGGAAUCCUGCAGUGAAGGAGACCAAAGCCUCUGUAGCGUCUGUGGACCAGGAUGUGGCGUCCCCAGACCAAGAGGACUUCCACAUUCCCUCUGUGGAUCUGCUGACAGCCCAGGAUCUUCUGUCUUUUGAGCUGCUGGACAUCAACAUUGUUCAAGAACUGGAGUCUGUCCCAAACAACACUCCUGUUGAUGUGACUCCCUGCAUGUCACCUCUUCCCCAAGACGGACACCUGCUGGACAAAAACAGUCCCUGUUUGGACCUGAUCCAGGAGGAGACGGAGGGCAGCGGCGCCAUCACAGAGGUUUCCAGCCAACCAGCCUCUGGAGCAGAAGUGGGAGGAGUUCCAGCUCAGGAAGAGAGCCAGGAAAAUGGCGGUGGAAUGGAGUCUGUUUGUGAGACUGUGAACCAGUCGGGGUCCCAUGAGAGGGUCUCUGACCACAACCUGCUGCGAGUGGCUUACCAGGUCACAGUGAAAGAAGCAUCUCAGGACAAAAAAGGGAGGGAAAACAAGGAAAGAGCCAGAAGCCGCUCGUCUUCAACCUCCUCAGAGGAUUACAUCAUCAUCCUCCCUGACUGCUUUGACACCACUCGGCCGCUCGGGGAGUCCAUGUACAGCUCAGCUGUGUCUCAGACCGUUGACGUCCUUCUGAAGUCCACAUCCGGGUCUGACAUUCUUUCUUUGGACUGCGGCAUCAAGGACAAGGACCUGCUCAAAACCUGUAAAGACCUCUCGUCUCCUCCAGGAAAGGAGCUGCCAGGAGCCAAAGCUCUCAAAGACAUGCUGUGCACGUCUCAAAUACUGGACCACAAGCCGCUGACGCCUGAAGUCAUGAUGCCGUCUAGAGCCCAGGUCACACAAAGUUUGCAGAGCAGCACUGAAGCAGAUGCAGAUGAAGCCAGUGGAGGACAGGGACUGCAGAGCUCAGAGGUGUCUCCAUCACAGGAUGCCAGCAGCCCUGAACACAGGAAGACGGAUGAGGCUGAAGCUGCUGGGAGCACUGAGGACAACAGUCCAGGUGAAACCAGGUUUCCAGGCCUCUGCAUGGUAAAAGGAGCUCUGAGCCCGGACAAAAUUCCUCCAGCGAGGACACUGAUGAGCUGAGGUUUGGGGAGCGGGCGCUGAACCAGCAGCUUCUGAAGGGGUCAGUGACCUGCUCAGCUGGCAGCACUGACAAACCAACUCAACAGACAUGUGUCUUUCAAAGACGUUUCCCUUGUUAUGAACUGUCCGUGUUUGAAUCCAGUCCAGUUCUUCUCUCACUGAGGACGAUCCCUCUCUUUAAUGAAUAAAAAAGCUCUGCUUUCUGGUAAAGUCACGGUUUGCCUCUGUCUUGAUACUUUACGCCUUAGAGUUACUCCAAUGAUGAAUGGAAGUUCUGUCACUCAGUCUGCAUUAGUGGAGGUUCUCACUGUUCUACAUGCUUUCUGUUCCAUGAGCACAAGGGUGCUCAUUGACACAACUAUGACACAACUCUCAUAUAAAGCCAGCAUCACUUGGCUUUAUAUUAGGGGGGCUGUUCCUCUCAGGAACUCCAAAGGGGAAGGAAAGUGUCUUCAAAUCCACUAGGAAAAAAACACUUUCCUGGCUCCAAGAUGAGUUGCUUCAAGUGGCCCCAUGCCUUCUACCCAGCUCUUAUUUUUGGGCAACACUACAGGAAAAUAUAGUCCAACCUCUUUAGAUGGUUGUUUUUGGAUACCAAGAUUUUAAUCCAGAUAAGUCCAACUAUAUGUACCUUGUGUACAAGCUAAGGCUCCUUCCCUACCAGAAAGCUGACGAUCCGUGUCCCUAAAGCACGAAAGGCCAAGACCAUGACCUUUGACCACUCCCUGAAUCCUGUGGCACACUGAGUGAAGAUCCUUCUACCUCAGCAACAAGCCCCUCCCCCUUACUUGGCCUUUGCUUUAGCUCUGGUGAGAUGUUAGAUCUUCUACCUAUAGUGUUCUUUAAAUCACACUGUAUCAUGCUCGUCUAGGACAGCAAAGUUGUCCCAUACAACCUAGCUCCUGGGGUCCUUUGGGCACACAAACUGCUCUACCUUGAUGACUUUGAAUUCUGGGCAAAAAGGUCCGACAUUGGUUCCGUCCUUUCCAUUGUUGGACCAGCUCUUUACCCUCACCAGGAAUCUGGAGGGGAUGAUGGAAUUUUGUUCAUGUGGUCUACACGUGGACUUGAAGAAGGCUUUUGGGUGUGUUCCAUACUGGAUCCUAAUGGCUCUUGGAGUGUGAGAUAAACGACCCAGGCAGACUCGCUUCUGGUGUGAGUUGGACUCCACCAGAGUUGACCUACGUCAUGGAAACUGUUUUCCUACUUUUAUGGGUCUGCUGUUUACACGACUGACAUGGUCAUGUUUCUUAGAAUGCCUAAUCUCAUCUAAAUAUAUGACGUGUGGAAUGGCAAGCAAUCUAACACUUUGGUUAGUACCAGACAGCUAUACACUGAAUGAACGGAGGCUUAAGAAAGUAAAAAGACCCUGGUUUCAUUCUUAGUUUGAGAAACAUUUCUUAGUGAGUAGAAUUGCUUUCUUUAAUUAAUCAUCCUGGUAGGACCAUUAGUCUCACCCCAUUGGUAGAUUUUACAUCUGUCAAUGGGGCUAGAAUCUUUGACUCCUUUCUAAGGGGCCUGUUUUUGAAGUGUCGUGUUUUGGCUUUGAAACGGUUUGUAGAACAUGGUUUUACAUGUUUGCGGUUAAUCUAGUAGAACAGAGCUGUAAAAAAGCAAAGCUUUACGUACAACUUGGAUUGUGACCCUUGUGAUAUCAGCCAUGAAUUGAAGGCGUGCUGAUUGAGUCUUGCUCUUUGACAUUUGGAUUCAAUACAUUUUCUUUUUUGAAUGUAUGCUUGUGCAAUGUAAAAAGGGUGUGGUUCCACCAAAACAGCUUAAAGCAACAGGGCUGCUGGGAAAGGCAAACCUGCACCGUUUGGUACUUGUGAUGUCCACGUCGAGUUUCCAAGGCUUUAUAGAUCAAAAAUGGGCGUGGCUACCUGUAAGUGUUCAAAAGCACUCUGUGCUUUACUAAGUUAGCCUAUUUUCUAACAGUUCACUUACGAUUUACUUAGUCAGCCUCUUUCAUUACUGAAAUUAAAGGAGUUCAAAAGUGUUGCAUGGCCGCUGGGUAUGUCUGAAUUCAAGUAUCCAUGGUUAUCUUAACAUGUUUUUGCAAUUAUGUUUGUUAUAAGAAAACGUGAUUAAAAAUGUCUCCGUGAAAUCCCCGACAACGCAAAAGGUUUAUCGCUUUGAAGGAUCAGUAUGCAAACUCACACUAAAGAAAGUUGUACACUUUGUAUUUGUAGGCUUGUGUGGUGCUUAAUCCUGCUUCUUCACUGUUUUUGUAUUUUCUCUGGUAAGAACUAUUGUUAGAUACAUUUCUGUACACGUCAUUACUAUGAAAGAGCAGAAUGAACGAAAACGUGAAUAAAGUGGUGUUUGUGUUA